CCUUGUGGCAUGUUCACAACAUUAUCACCUUGUGAUUGUUGUGGACUUCUGCUGGUAGUUUGGCUUAACAUUCCAGAUUCCAUUUGACCAGACUGUUUGGCUGCAUUUUCAGCAUUUGUAGCUGUAGCUGCUGGUGAUCAUGGUGAAACGAGGCAUUGAGCACAAACCAAGCUGUCAAGAUUUGGGAGAGUCAUCAGAUUCUGCUUUCCAGGAGGAAAUCGAAACAAGUAUAAGCAUGUGCCAGCACGUGGGCAAGAGUGUCAGCCUGGCUGACAUUAAGCGGCAGCUGAAGUCCAACCGGCGGAUCGGCGCCUGCGACAAGAAGGUUCCGACCCCGUGCACGGCACCCGCGGAUGGGGAGGAGUCGGUGCCGUCGGGCGCGCAGCUGCCGCACGGCGUCUGGCUGUGCAUGCAGUGCGGCCACCAGGGCUGCGCGAGGCACGCCACGCAGCACUUUAACACGCCGCGCUCCGACUCGCACACGCUGGCCGUCAACGCCGCCGCCGACUGGGGCGUCUGGUGUUUCACAUGUAACGAGAAAGUGUCACUGAAGAGCAAUAAGAAACUUCACGAAGCUGUGCAGUUUGUCAAGAAAAAGCAGGGAACUCUACGUCCCGGGGCCACGCCAUCCAAGGAGGACACUCCGCCUCCCAAGUCUUCCAAGGGCGCCUCCGCUAAGGAGAAACAGGCUCAAGCGGACCGUGAUAACGAGUCACUUCCGAAGGUCAAGGGUCUGAUCAACCUGGGUAACUCGUGUUACCUGAACUCGGUGCUGCAGUGUCUGAGCCAGUGCCACUACCUGACGCACUACCUAGACAUCAGCAGCCGCUCCGGGCGAAAGGUCACAGUCAGCGCUGACGGGGAGACGAUGGAGCUGGUGCUGCCGGAGGGCGGGCCCAUCACCGCCUCGCUGUGCGACUUUCUCAAGCAGAUGCACAUCACGGGCACCGGGUCGACCGUCUCCCCCAGUCAUCUGCUCAGAAAGAUCGCCCUGAAGGUGCCCCAGUUUGUGGGCUGCGACCAGCAGGACGCACACGAGCUGCUGCGAGCGCUCAUGGAGCAGGCGCGGCUUGAGGAUCUGCGGCGGCACCAGAAGCAGAUCCUGCUCGGUCUGGGGCUGCCGGCCAAGGCCGACCCUAAGGAGGUACCGGACGACAUGAAGGCGCGCGCCAAGGCGCUGGGCCGCCAGGUGUCGCAUACGACCAUCGACUCCAUCUUCAGCGGCCAGCUUGUCAGCCUGGUGGUGUGUCAGGCCUGCAUGGCCCGCACACACCGCAUGGAGCCCUUCCUCGACCUUUCGCUGCCCGUCGCAGAAGAUAAGCCGACCCGGCCCAGGAAGCUGUGCGGUACGGGGGCAGACGACGAGGACAGCGGAGAGUACGUACUCACACCCAGCAAGGCCACCGGCUCCGGGCGGCCCUCCAAACACGCGCUCAAAAAGGAACGGAAGGCGGCGCGGCGAGCCAAGAAGCAUGGUCCGGCGGCGGCGGAGGCGGACGGUACGGGCCCGGAUCCGGCCCCGGAGCCGGAGAGACAGCCGGCCAGCGACUCCGGACAGGAGCUCGACAAACAGUCGGACGUCGCCCACGCAGAAGGUGAGAGUGACGCAGACGAGGAGGAUAACGGCGACACGGGCCCGAUCAUCUUCAGCCUGCUGUCGGAGCUCGACCCGCCGCCGGCCUCGGUCAGCGGGGAAUCGACGGAAGACGAGCUGAACGAACCGCCGGCCUCAGUGAGCCCCGACCCGCCGGCUGACGAGCCGCCCGCCUCGCUCAGCCCCGACCCGCCGGCUGACGAGCCGCCCGCCUCGGUCAGCCCCGACCCGCCGGCCGACCUGGCCGCGGAGGAGCUCUCGGAGCGGCUCAGUGCUCUGAUUGUGGACCGCGCCGGCGCCGCGGCCGCUGCGGACUCGUGUGGGGACGAGCCGGGCCCGCUGACCGCGAACGGCCGGGCGCCGUCGCCGGUGGAGCCGGACGCGGCGCCGGCCGGGCGGGUGCCACUGGUCGGUGGAGACGCCCGCCGUGUGCCGGUGGAUAAGGAGGAUCCCGGAGGAGCCGGAGACGCGGCCAGGGGUCAGGCGGACGGUGGGGACGGGGAGGGCGUCGACAAAGCGGCGAACGGUGCGCCGGAGACGGCGGGAGCGGCCGAGGUGGGGGAGAAGCAGAGUUCUGUGCCGGCGGAGAACUGCGGAGAGGGAGUGGAGGCGCGUGAGAACGGUCUGGGCGCUCCGAACGAUCACUGCGGCCAGGCGGCGGAGGAGGCCCCGCGGGAGGGUCAGUCACCGUCACCCGGUGAGGUACCGGGUGGCGGUGGGCCGACGGAGGCAGCGGCGAAUGGUCAGAGCCUAGCGGCAGGGGCGGCGGACCUCGGCGACCCCCAGUCUGCGCCGAACGGCGGGACCUGUGCGCCCACCGAGUCUGCCCCGGCCGAAGGGACGGGGACCGGUGAGGAGGAUCCCUCACCCGCGGCCUCCGCCUCGGACGGCCCGCCGCCGCCGCUGAGCCGCUGUGAGUGGCUCAGUCGAGCGCUGACCACCCUGGCGCCGCGCUACCAGGCGGCCGCCGGCGAGUGCAGCCUGCUUACCUGCCUCAACCAGUACACGGCGCCCGAGCUGCUCACCGGCAACAAUAAGUUCGGCUGCGACAACUGCACGGAGCUGCGCAACAAACGGCUCACGGCGGCUGAGAAAGCGGCUGAGAAGAAGCUCGGCACGGUCUACAGCAACGCCAGCAAGCAGCUGCUCAUCUAUAGCCCGCCGCCGGUGCUGACCAUCCACCUGAAGCGGUUCGAGGUGUGCAGCUUCAGCCUGCGGAAGGUGAACCGGCACGUGCAGUUCGGCGAGCGGCUCGAUCUGGCCCCCUUCUGCUCCUCCAUUAGCCAGGACCUGCCUCAGAUGCGGGCCGGCCAGCGGCGGGUGCUCUACUCGCUGUUUGGUGUCGUCGAGCACAGCGGUCGACUGACCAGCGGCCACUACACAGCCUACGUGCGCGUGCGCCGCCGUCACGACCAGCUCACCGUCAACCCUGCGCGACUCACCACACUCGUCACCGACGCGUUCGCCGUGGCGUGUGAGCGGGCGCGGCAGCGCGCCGAACAGACCCGACCGGAGACCACGGACGGACCGUCCCCGGUCAGACCCGCAGAGGAAGACCGGGGUGAGGGGGAGGGUGGGGACGACGCUGCCUUACCACAGGAGCCGCAGAUGGACCAACAACAGCCCGGCCCGGAGCCCGAGACGGAGCCGGAGCCGCAGCCGGAGGCCGGACGGUGGUUUUACGUGAGCGACACGCACGUCACAGAGGUGACUCUGGACAAGGUGCUCAAGGCACAGGCUUACAUGCUGUUCUACGAGCGAAUUGUGUAAGCGACUGCGGUAGCUUGGGAUGGUGCUCUGUGCACGGGGCUGUGACGGCGCGCGAAUCGUGUCCCUCAGUCUGACCGAGGUGUGAUUUUGGCCCCAAUCUCCGUCGACGGGUGGAACUCUGUCUCGAUCUGCGCUGAUGCGCGCUGCGAGUUGCUGUGUAACUAUGUUGUGAGUCGUGCGUGACAGCGUGUGAUGUGCCACUGUGAUGCGGUUCCUGGGUUUGUCUGAUCGGGCCGGGCCUGAUCCGCCGUCUGCCGAGCCCGUCCUACCCGCGGCUAAUAGCUCCCAAUGUGAGACAGCCGUGUGCGCGCGGAUCCGCCUGCGGCGUUGUCCGGGGCCGUUACGGAUUUUAUGUGGGAUAAUCCAACCCAUGGCGCAAUCUUGUGGUAGGGUGACAGGGUGAAUCUUGUGACUUGUGUCCCCGACAUAUGAUGGGUGCAGCUCAGUUAUAUGCCGCUGCGCAAUGUGGAACACGCGGCUCGGCUCAUGACAAUAUUAUGCUGCGAUGACAAAUAUUAUG